GUCCCAUGCUUUGUCUUCUUUGUAACCCGUGUAACAGAAAAUGAGAAAAGAACAGAGGCACUUGAAGCAACACAACUAUAUCUAAGAUUGCUGUUGCCCAACAUUAGAGAAGAAUUACGACGGCUUCUUACUUUUAUGGCUAUUGCAUCGGAACCUAAUGCCUACAAGUUACAAAAACAGUAUGAUAACAAAACGGUAGUCCUGAAAACUCUUGCCAAAGCAGUUUUGCAAACCAAAUCAUUUUUAAAAGUACGGGCAGAACAACUAGUCUGGUUUCUACUGGAGAAUCACUCUGAGCUCUUCAAGACACCAGUUACUUUAUUGGAUCUGGUUAAUAAGAAACUUAAGAAGCUUCUACAUGGAGAAGAUCCAGAUGCCAUAUCAGGCUUCAUAUUUUGCCAACGCUUGACAUACAAGGAGUUUGAAAAACGAAAGGAAAGGACAAUUCAAAAUCUUCACCAGUUGGCUCUUGAGAUUUAUACUAACUCCAGCAUCUCUUUGAAACAAAAAAAGAAGUUAAUCAAAGAAUUUCAAAAACACCAUCCAGAAGCUUUGCAUUAACAUUUCUGAGGCAAGAAACUAUAAUCUGUAAAUAUAAACAACUCUCUAGUGAUUUUCUCAAACUGCUACUUACACUUCAGAGACAGGAUAGCCUCCAAGCAU